GACAUUUAACAAUGUAAUUUUUUUUAGAGUCGUGUGUUAAAGCCGAUAGAAAAUAUUUGUUAAUAAAAUGUUUAGCGUACGAUUACAACAGUUAAUUUAUAUUUGCGACAAAAUCGUAAUUCGAAACUUAAGAAAUAGUAGGAUACAUUAUCCUAAUGCCGAUCCUGGCUUGGGUAGAAGACUAAAAGCAUUUCAAGACAGUAGCUAUAAAAUUGAAGAUGAAGACGCCGAAGAAUUCAUUGAAGCAUCUGAAAGCGACUUUAGUAAUGUUGGAGAAGCAUACAAUGAGCACAUGAAUGAAACACUAAUGGGAAAAUAUGAGUUAGGUUAUGACAUAGUUAAACAGAAAUAUUUUAAGGAAAAUAUGCCCAACUUACUCACUUGGAGUGAGAAGGAACAAAUCCGUCAUUUAGUUGCUUCAGCUCCUGAUGAAUGGACACCUGAAAAGAUUGCUGAAAGUUUUCCUGUUACAGUCCCUGUAGUUAAGAAAUUAAUUAAAUACCCCUGGAAGCCUGCAACUGAACAACGUAUUGCUCGCCAUGAUGCCUCUGUUAUGAGAAACUGGAGAGAACUCAAAGAAGGAACUUUUUCUAUACCAGAUGAACUGAAAAAUCACUUUUUAAAAUUUUCUGAACGCUCAAUACCAACACUUAACAAAAGUUCGAUUAAAGUGGAUGUAACACAGGAAGAGAAGAUGGGAGAAUUUGAAAAAAUUGUACAAAGAUGUGCAGCAAAGGAAAACAGUGAAAAUAAAUACAACCUAGACUCAACACAUCAGGAAACAAAUUCACAAGAAUCAAAUAAGAAAAAAUAUUCCAAAAGAAUGACACUUAAACAACUCACAGAAAAGAUUCAGAAACGUCUUGACAGUGGAAAGGAUAUAGAUAUGAAUGAUGAAAUUCUUAUAAAAUCUAUGAGUAGUAAUAAAGCAGAAAUUCAAGCAACUGUGGACAGCAGUGAAAUAGAAUUACGAAAACCAAAUGAUGACUCUAAAAUGCUAACGGAAUUUAAAACUGAUAAUUUGAAAAAUGAAAAAGAUAUAAUGGAUUACCCAGAAAGAAUAAGAAUACCCAAAAAAGCAUACAAAAAAGGUGCAACAUACAAAGUUAAUGACUGCUACUAUGAUCAUGAUGGCAAGUUUCUAUAUAGGGUAUUAGGCAUGUCAACAUAAUAUCCAUAUAAAAUUAAUUUAAAAACCCUACAAAACCUUUCCAUACUGUAAUUCUUGAAAUAUCCAGAGUUCUUUCACUUCAUUUUAGACUAAUAUAUUAAGGAUAAAAAUGAUUAUAUAGAUUAAAAUAUGUAAUUUUAUGACUACACUCAAUUAAAAAAUCUAUGAGCAGUAAUAAACAUAAGAAAGGAAAACUGAAUAAAUAAUGACGUAUCUAUGUGUAGCAAUCAAAAAAGUGCGUGACAUGGAAGCUCAGUGCAUUAUAUUUUACACCUAAAAGUUAUGAAAUAAGUUUGGUCAUAGCAAAUGAAGGUUGUAAGUAGUGGUUUAGCGUGCCUUGGCGGGGGCCCAGUAUAAAAAUUGUUUGGGGGCCCUUAUAAAUAUAAAGACUAAAAAUUUCACAAAAGAAAAAAAAAACGUUUGUAUAAACUGUGCAAAUUUUAAUUGUAUGUACAUCAAUUAUUGUGGGAUUCCCCCGUUAAGUAUACUUAAACAGAGAUAUCCCAUAGCCCACGAAAACCGAUGUAGGCCAACUUUGAAACGCACGCUUUAAGCAAAAAACAGAAGUUGCUUUUAUAGUCUUGUCAUUUCCGAAAUAAAAAUAAAUUUGGAAAUUUUUU